CGUUUUCAAAUUAGCAAAGCACUUUUUUUCUCAACGUAUUCACACACAUGAUGAGAAAUGUACAUUGUGGUCAUUACCACUAUCAAACGCUAGAUGUCCUGACAUGACCGUCCAAUUUGCUAAAUCCUCCAGACACCACUGUCCUAGUAGGCCAAUGGAACUGGAAAAUACAUCUCCACUCCGGGUGAAGCGCGGAACGGAAAACAGAACCGGUCCAGACGGAACGUUAACAUUUUAGUGCUGGUUUUGUGCAUAAAUGACUAACUUUCCGAUCUUUGUCAAAUGUUAUACGUUACUAAGCGUGUGAGUUGAAAUAGCCGAAUAGUGGUUAUUAUUUUAGUUUACCAUGAUGUCAGACUGGGCCUCCAUGCGGGUGAGGGGUUUUUUAUUAUCCAAAAGCUAGUUGCUAACUAGUGAACAAUCGGCUAACAAAAGUUACAUCAAGAUAUUGGCCUGUUGUUAUAAAAGAAGAUGUCAGGCUUUAAUUUCGGGUCUGGAUCCACGAACACCGGCGGAGGGUUUUCGUUUGGAGGCACUGCCAGUACCCCAGCUGCAGCAGUUAUGGGUAGCUUUACUCUGGGGGCUACAGCCUCCACCACCACCACCUCUUCUCUGGGCCUGGGGGGGUCCCUGUUCGCACAGAAACCUACUGGGGGGUUCUCCUUUAACACUCCUGCCUCAGGUGCCCCAGCAGCCUCUACCACGGGCUUUAGUAUGGCCUUCAAUAAACCGUCUGCCUCGGCCCAACCCUUCUCCCUCACUGCUGCCUCCUCGGCCCCCUCAGGGGCAGGACUGACGCUAGGCUCCGUCCUCACCUCCACCGCUCCACAACAAGGAGCCACAGGAUUUGCUCUCAACCUAGGGGGUGUGGCCCCAUCCACAGGUCUAUCGUUGGGUUCCAGUAUGUUCUCUAACAUGGCUCCUACUGGUUUGGCCCAGACCACUCUUGGUUCAGGGGGGUUGACGUUAGGUUCUCUAGUCUCUACUUCGACGGCGAUCUCAACAGCCCCCAGCCUUGGACUGGGCGGAGUUGACUUCAGCACUUCCUCAGAGAAAAAGAGCGACAAAUCAUUAGGGGCCAGCCCACAGGACAGUAAAGCGUUGAAAGAUGAAAACUUGCCUCCAGUCAUCUGUCAGGAUGUAGACCAUUUCCAGAAGUUUGUGAAGGAACAGAAGCAGGUUCACGAGGAGAUCAGCAGGAUGUCAUCUAAAGCCAUGCUGAAGGUUCAGGACGACAUCAGGAGUCUCAAACAGCUGCUGUCUGUCAGUGCCUCGGGACUACAGAGAAACGCCCUGGCUAUAGGUCACCUGAAGAUGGAGGCUGCGCUGGAGUUGAAGAAUGCAGACAUAGCUCUACGGACUCAGAAGACACCCCCUGGACUCCAACAUGAAAACUCAGCUCCCUAUGAUUAUUUCCGGUGUUUAGUGGAUCAGUUUGAGGUCCAGCUGCAGCAGUACAGACAGCAGAUAGAGGAGCUGGAGAAUCACCUCUCUACACAGGACAGUGGAUCACACAUCACACCACAGGAUCUGUCUCUGGCCAUGCAGAAGUUGUACCAGACGUUUGUUUGUCUGGCUGCUCAGCUCCAGUCAGUACACGAGAACGUCAAGAUCCUGAAGCAGCAGUACCUGGGAUACUGCCGGGCCUUCCUGGAGGACUCCACUGAUGUUUUCGAGUCCAAGCGGGCGGCCAGUAAGAAGUGGAAGAGCGCCCCACGCAUCACAAUCGGUCCCGCCCCGUUCGGCAGUGUCCCUAACGCAGCAGCGGUCGCCAUGGCAGCCACGCUGAGCCAGCAGCAGCCCGGCCCAGGGAGACAGGCACCCCUGGGGUCUGGCUUGGGAAACCCCUUUGCCUCAGGAGUGGGCUCUAGCACAGGCUCAUCAGGCCUUGGAGUAUUUGUUGGGGGUCCAGGUUUCGGGGGGGUUGCAACGGGGGGCUCAUUUGGUUUCUCCUCCGCCAGCAAGGCCUCGGGAGGGAGCCUGAGCGCAGGUUUUGGUAGCAGCAGUAGUUCAGGGUUUAACUUCAGUAACCCCGGGCUCAACGCAUCUGCCGGCCUGACAUUUGGAGUGUCCAACCCUACCGCCACGGGCUUCGGCACGGGAGGUCCCCUGCUACAGCUCAAGAAGCCCCCGGUGGGAAACAAGAGGGGCAAGAGAUAGUCUCUCCACCGGUGCUCUGAGGGGCAAAGGGAACAGUGGGGUAACAGUUAGGAUUUGGGGAGGGAAAGCUGAUCCUAGCUCUAUGACUUCCAGAACUGUCCGUGUUUGUGUAAUGGGUUAAAUGGGUCGCAGUCCAUCUUAGAUGGAUUUGGGGAGGGUAGGUUUAUUCUAGAUCUGUGCCUAAGGGUGACUUCUAGAGCAGUCCUUGGGAGGUGGAGACGGGGGGGUAACAGUCUGUCCCAGAUCUCUAUUUUUAUAUCUGUCAGGGAGAAUGGGGGGGAGGAGCAGGAUGGGGGGAGAAGGGGGGUGGGUAGGAGCAGGAUGGAGGGAGAAGGGGGGUGGGUAGGAGCAGGAUGGAGGGAGGAGGUGGUGUAGGAGCAGGACGGAAGGGAGGAGAGGGGGGGGGGGUAGGAGCAGGAUGGAGGGAGGGUAGGAGCAGGAUGGAGGGGGGAUAGGAGCAGGAUGGAGGGAGGAGGAGGGGGGAUAGGAGCAGGAUGAAGGCAUAUCUAGCUAGUAACUAGUUUUAACAAACAGUUCAAACCGAUCACAUUUGGAGAAGUUUCAUUACCUGUGUUAAAUUUUAAACCUUUAUUAUUGUUUAAUCGUGAUUGCUGGGGGGGGGGGGGGGGUUAUAUGCUGUGUGUGUGUGCGUUUGAGAGAGCGAAAGAGUGUGUGUGUGUGUGUGCGCGUGCAAGGGAGAGAACUUGGCCAUGCUGAAUGUCCCACACAGCCCUUCAUACAAGUUAGAACCUGAAAGGGAUUGAUCAUAACCAUAAUUGGAAAUAACCUCUGUACCUGAACUGGUGUUAGUCAGUCAGUCAAUAGAUCACGGUCUUAUUGUUUGGUGGGUGGAGGGUGAUCCUAUUGCUGUCUGUUUUCCAGUUGUCUAUUCUGAUUCUCUGUCACCAAAUAGUGAUGCCAUUAACUUUUCUUUUCAUCUGAGGUGAUGAAGGUAAACUUGUAUUUUCAAACCGCGGUUUAAUAAUACAAGUUAUGUUGAUGAUUCUUUGUCUUGGUAUGACUGUGUUAUUGUUGAAA